AUGUGUAAUAUAUAUUCAAGUCCUGCAGACUUAGCUGUUGAGUAUUUGUUGAACUCAUCCCAAAGUGAUCUUGGCUGUCAGAGCAAUCUGACCAUCUUUCUUCCCCAUUUGAAACCUUUCCGUGUCCCUCCCAUCAGUAAGCUGAGACACCAGGCCCGGACCCUGGGGGCAGGUGUCCUGGAUUCAAAUCCCAGCUCUGCCACUGCCUCCCUGGGCACUGGGGCAACUCGUUACUCCCUCUGGGCCUCAGGGUUCAGUGUCUGCAGAAUGGGUAUGUGUCUUCCUCACAGAGCUGUUGUAAGGCCUAACAUUAGCUCAUUCUGUUUUGGGAAAUGGCCCAAGACAGCACUUGGCACCCAGUAA